AUGGAUGGCGUGUUAGUGUCAUUGACGUUCAAGAGGCUCAGGACAGGAAUACGAGGAGUGCAAGGUUUCGAGGCUUAUAUUCGCAUGAUAGGCGAAUCUCACAAAAAAGCCUUUGGAGAAUUUAGUUGCGACUGUCAACAUCGCGAGAUGCAGUUGAGGUACUUUGGCGCCCGUCGCUCUGCCAUCGAGCGUUUAGCAAGCAAACUGAUGGGAAUUUCUGGCCCAGACGAUCCCACGUUUUGUUUUUUAAUGGCAUCCUUCCCCAAAAGCUCAAAGAAGGAACGCAAAGAUCACCGUCGCGCGGCACAACGCGAGCGGCUUCGUCAUCCUAAUUAUCAACCGCCGUUGCCUAUCAUUGUCGGCUAUGGAGAUGCCCGGCUUCAAGGGAUCAAAAGACUUGAGCCCUUGUCGGUGGAGUUUAUGAUUGUGUUCAAUAUCAGGGCAACAAUAUAA